AUGGCUUCUUCAAGCAAAUGCUUUUUCUUUGUGUUUUUGUGCUUGGCUGCUCUCUUGACUCCAUAUCUUGCGGAAGCUGAAGAUAGGAGUAAGCUGAUUCCAAUAGGUCCUUGUUUGGAGAUUCGGGACUGCAGUCAAACAUGCAUUGAAUCACAAUUUCUAGGCGGAAAAUGCAUCAAAUGGUAUCCGGACUCCAUAAAAGAAACAUGUGCUUGUUUUGUAAAACCUUCUAUAUCACAUGUUUAAGAUUUAUGUUGAUGGGUGUAAGAAUAUA